CUGGAGCGCGGGCCGUUUGAUUGGGCCGCCCGUCGAGGCCCGGGAAAGAGCCGUCGCCCAUGGCUACCGCCCCGGAGGACCCCGCGUUGGGGCGGCACCUGAAAGGACACAGCGCGGCCGUCUGCAGCCUGGACUUCAGCCCGGACACCAAGCAGCUCGCCUCAGCUUCAUGUGACACCUUUCUCAUGAUAUGGAAUUUUAAGCCUCAGGCUAGAGCAUUCAGAUACGUCGGUCACAAGGAUGCCCUGACCAGUGUGCACUUUUCACCCAUUGGAAACGUAGUAGCAUCUGCUUCACGUGACAGAACAGUUAGACUUUGGAUACCUAAAAUGAAAGGAAAAUUUUCCGAAUUCAAGACGCACACCGCCCCUGUUCGCAGCGUGAACUUUUCGCACGACGGCCAGUUUCUAGCCACGGCCUCUGAGGACAAAUCGAUCAAAGUAUGGAGCAUGCACCGCCAGCGCUUUUUAUAUUCCUUGUUCCAGCACACCAACUGGGUUCGCUGUGCCAAAUUUUCACCGGAUGGAAGACUAAUAGUGUCUUGCAGUGACGAUAAAACCGUUAAAAUUUGGGACACAGCUACUAAACUGUGUGUUAACAAUUUUACAGAUUAUGAAGGGUUUGCCAACUAUGUUUCUUUUAACCCUAAUGGCACAUGUGUAGCUUCAGCGGGGUCUGAUCAUACAGUAAGACUCUGGGAUUUAAGAACGAAUAAGUUACUUCAGCAUUACCAAGUUCACAGUGGUGCAGUUAAUUGUAUAUCCUUUCAUCCUUCUGGUAACUAUCUCAUCACUGCUUCCUCUGAUGGUACCCUUAAGAUUUUGGAUCUCUUAGAAGGAAGACUCAUAUACACACUUCAUGGACAUACGGGCCCAGUUCUCGCUGUUUCCUUUUCUAAAGGUGGAGAACAGUUUGCUUCUGGAGGUGCCGAUGCUCAGGUUCUAUUGUGGAAGACAAAUUUUGAUGCGUAUAAUUAUAAAGACCUUCUUAAAAAGCACAUUGCACGAAUGACAUUGGAUGACCCACCUCACCUUCUUGAUAUUUACCCCAGAGUUCCUCAUCUCCAUGAUGGGAAACCACAGUCAAUUGAGAUUGAUCCAAAGCUUGAAGUGCGAAAUUUGCAAAAUACCGAACUCCCUAUUGUGAAUAUUUGCUCCUUGGCGCCUUCUGGUUCAGUGGCGACAACUUCUGAUGGGGCUUCACUGGAUAGAUCUCAAGACAUUAGUGGAGAUUUCCAGAACCCUGUGAUCCCAGCAAUCUCAACCAGAGAAACAGAGGACCACCCUGAACCAGUUUUAGCCCCCGGGGAAAAUCAGAGCGGUAUCCCACCAGCUCUAAGCAGUGCUUUGGAACAAAUUUUAGAACAACUAGACGUUUUGACAAUGACUGUUUCAAUCCUGGAGCAGCGACUGACUUUGACUGAAGAUAAGCUAAAGGACUGCCUCGAAUUCCAACAAAAAUUUUUACUUCAGACCAAAGGAGAAGAGUAAAAAAGAUGUUUAGAAACGUUCUGAUUUUUGCAUUAGCAUAUAUACAUGCUCAGGGGAAGAAGUAAAAUGUUAUUUAGCUUGGUCAUUACAUUCACGAACUCUUAACAUUUUGGAAUUUUUUUAAUGCUUGAGCACAAAGAAAAGUCCAACCAUUCACACAUUCAGGACAUUUUUAAACUCAAAGGCCAAUAUAACCAUUUAAAAUUUAGAAACUCUGUUUAUAAUGUUGAAGUAUUUGAAUAUGAGGAAUUAGAAUACAGGUUUUUUCUUUUUUCCCCCAUUUGUUUCCAGUUACUUUUAGAGUCUAGCUAUUUCCAAGAGGGUAAAACACUCUUGAGAUGUAAAUUAGGUACUUGCUGGAGAGGUGAGCUCUCUGACCAUAGGCUAAAAUAUAGAGUUUUUCUUUAAAGAGCAAUUUUUGAUGACCUGAAAGAUGUCACUCACUUCCAGAAGUGAUUCUCAACUCCAGGGAAUUAGACUACUUUACCUGGAGGGAUCCGGUCCAUCAUAUUUCUUUUCACUCAAGUCAAGUGGUUAGCUGAGUAUAACUUCCUUUUUCAAAUAUUGCGUAGUGCAGUUACAAAAUAAAAAUAACCUCCAAGUCACUUAGAAUUUCUAUAGCUAGCUGAGAUUUUUAAAGGGUAAGCAAUUUUUAGUUACACAUGAUCAGACAUGUGAAAAUGUCAAAUGAAACCACAGGUUUUUCUUUUCAUUGUCUUCUGCCUAACCAAUGUGUUCACUUUCCAAAAGGAGAUGCCAUGAAAGAAAACGAAUACAUAUCAAAGCACUAGAGCAUAUUCUUUUUCUGAAAGUUUUGAAAUAUGAACACACCAGUGCAGUGAAAUUUGUAAUAAAGAGUUGAUAAAGA